CUGCGAAUGUGAUGAAGCCGUUUUCAUGCGUAUUUAUUGUCGGCGAAAAGGAACGUUUUAAAACCUGUUGCUAUUAUUGUUUCCUGUUGCCUUUUCUGGGUUGGUGUGUUCCAGGAGCAGAGGCUCAUGAAGAGGCUAGUGACACUUUUUUUGCUUCUCUUUUUGAGCAAUGGCAUUGAAUUUGAUGGAAGUAUUGAGGGGCAGUGCAGGUACAAGAGGGCUUUGGACUCCAGGCCUCAUAGUGUAUCUAUAUUGGAGUUUGGUGCAGUUGGGGAUGGAAAGACACUGAACACAAUUGCCUUUCAGAAUGCCAUCUUUUAUCUCAAGUCUUUUGCUGACAAGGGGGGCGCUCAGCUCUAUGUUCCUCCGGGUAGAUGGCUUACUGGAAGCUUCAGUCUUACCAGCCACCUCACACUAUUCUUGGAGAGAGGUGCCCUCGUUCUUGGAUCCCAGGAUUCAUCUCACUGGGAUGUUGUUGAUCCCUUACCAUCAUAUGGUCGAGGGAUUGAACUCCCAGGUGGAAGAUAUCGAAGCUUGAUAACAGGAUAUAACUUGACAGAUGUAGUGAUAACAGGAGAUAAUGGAACAAUCGAUGGCCAGGGUUCUAUUUGGUGGGAGUGGUUCAACUCUCAUUCUUUGAACUACAGUCGUCCCCAUCUUGUGGAAUUUAUAGGCUGCAAUAAUGUUGUAGUAUCAAAUAUUACCUUCUUGAAUUCCCCUGCCUGGAGCAUCCAUCCAGUCUAUUGCAGCAAUGUGCAAGUUCAAAAUAUAACAGUCCAUGCUCCACCAGAAUCUCCAUAUACCAGUGGAAUAGUCCCAGAUUCUUCUGAUAACAUAUGCAUUGAGGACUGCAAUAUUAAUGUUGGUUAUGAUGCCAUAGCAUUCAAGAGUGGUUGGGAUGAGUACGGCAUUGCUUUUGGUAGGCCUACAAUGAAUGUCCACAUCAGGAAGGUCCAACUCCAAGCCUUUUCAGGUUCUGCACUUGCAUUUGGCAGUGAGAUGUCUGGUGGCAUCUCCAACAUUCUUGUGGAACACCUCAGCCUAAAGAACUCAUUUACUGGUAUCAAUCUUAAGACUACCAAAGGUAGAGGUGGUUACAUAAGAGACAUUCUCAUGUUGGACUUGGAUAUGAGAACAGUCCGCAGGGCAAUUGGGGCCACAGGUCAAUGGGGAUCCCAUCCAGACGACAAUUUCGAUCCUAAUGCACUCCCCGUUGUUGAUCGGAUCACCUUGAGGAACUUUGUUGGUACAAAUAUCACCAUUGCUGGAGAACUUUCUGGAAUCCAAGAAUCACCCUUCACAUCUAUCUGCCUUUCCAAUGUCUCCUUCUCACUUACUUCUGAUGACCCUUCCACUUCAUGGUCAUGUUCGAAUGUUUCAGGAUUCUCUGAUUCAGUAUUCCCUGAGCCGUGUCCCAGCCUCCAUAACUCAUAUUUGAAUUCUUCAUCACCCUGCUUUUCUCUCCUAUAUUCUAGCAGUCAAAUUGCAGCUGUUGUCCUGUGAGAUACCUCUUUGUUACUGUUAUUGUUUUCAUCCCCUGUACAAUUGAGAGAGAAGGUAAAUGCUUCAUACAUAUCCAUCUUGAAUUUGUCUAGAUUCUUUUUUCAAUAAAAAAUUGCCAGAUCUCAAACCUUCAAGCCUUCAGUUCUCAUUUAUGCUGUGAGCCUCUUCAUGCACGGAAACUCUCAGGAACUGGGCAUCAGCCCCAGUUGGCAGCUUAUGUACAGUCUUAUUUUCAUCAUCCAUGUGUAAGGAAAUUUUUGGUAGAAUUGAUAUCAUGGUAUCCAAGUGAAUGUGAGAUUGGUAGCAAUAGGAUUUGCCUUUUUUUUAUGUUUUUAUCAUUUUAUCAUUAUAUUGUAAAUGUGUAGCAAUAUGGCUUGCUGGAGGACAUUGGUUUUGGACAUGGGACGGAGGUGUCUACAUGGAGUAAUAUGAUUGGAAUAAAGAGCUGUCUGUCAUUGAAAUUCAAAAGAGAAACAGAUGAGUUAAGAGGAGC